CUCAGGAGGGAAGUCGUCCAAGUUCCGAUGACCCUGAACGUACCAUUACGAUCCAGAUUCUCCAUCUUCCUCCAACAAGGCAAAGGACCAAACCUGCGUCUUGCACCCACUGUACACUUUUCCCGCUGACUUACACUCCACAAGGCUUAAAGGACCGCAAUCAUGACGGAUUCCAAAUAUUUCACGACGAACAAAAAAGGGGAGAUCUUUGAACUGAAGGCCGAGCUGAACAAUGAGAAGAAGGAGAAGAGAAAAGAGGCGGUGAAGAAGGUCAUCGCUGCCAUGACUGUUGGCAAGGAUGUCAGCUCUUUGUUUCCAGAUGUGGUGAACUGCAUGCAGACCGACAACCUGGAGCUGAAGAAGCUGGUCUAUCUCUAUUUGAUGAACUACGCCAAGAGCCAGCCGGACAUGGCCAUCAUGGCCGUCAACAGCUUCGUCAAGGACUGUGAAGACCCCAACCCUCUGAUCCGAGCUCUGGCCGUCCGCACCAUGGGCUGCAUCCGGGUAGACAAGAUCACUGAGUAUCUGUGUGAGCCGCUCAGGAAGUGUCUGAAGGAUGAGGAUCCAUACGUGAGGAAGACGGCAGCAGUUUGUGUGGCUAAACUUCACGACAUUAACGCCCAGAUGGUAGAAGACCAGGGCUUCCUGGACUCUCUGAGAGAUCUCAUCGCUGACUCAAAUCCCAUGGUUGUGGCCAAUGCAGUCGCCGCCCUGUCUGAGAUCAGUGAGUCUCACCCCAACAGCAACCUGCUGGAUCUCAAUCCCCAGAACAUCAACAAGCUGCUGACGGCUCUCAACGAGUGCACAGAGUGGGGACAGAUCUUCAUCCUGGACUGCUUGUCUAACUACAAUCCCAAGGAUGAGCGUGAGGCCCAGAGCAUCUGCGAGCGUGUCACUCCCCGGCUGUCUCACGCCAACUCGGCCGUGGUGCUGUCGGCUGUGAAGGUGCUGAUGAAGUUCUUAGAGCUGCUGCCCAAGGACUCCGACUACUACAACACCCUGCUUAAGAAGUUAUCCCCACCGCUGGUCACCUUGCUCUCCGGAGAGCCUGAGGUCCAGUAUGUGGCUCUGAGGAACAUCAACCUCAUCGUCCAGAAGAGGCCGGAGAUCCUGAAGCAGGAGAUCAAGGUGUUCUUCGUCAAGUACAACGACCCGAUCUAUGUGAAACUGGAGAAACUGGACAUCAUGAUUCGCUUGGCCUCUCAAGCCAACAUUGCUCAGGUUCUGGCUGAACUGAAGGAAUAUGCAACAGAGGUGGACGUUGACUUUGUGCGCAAGGCUGUGCGAGCUAUCGGACGCUGUGCCAUCAAAGUGGAGCAAUCAGCUGAGCGCUGUGUCAGCACUCUGCUGGACCUGAUCCAGACCAAGGUCAACUAUGUUGUUCAGGAGGCGAUUGUGGUCAUCAGGGACAUCUUCCGCAAAUACCCCAACAAGUAUGAGAGCAUCAUUGCCACAUUGUGUGAGAAUCUGGACUCCCUCGACGAGCCGGAUGCUCGUGCUGCCAUGAUCUGGAUUGUUGGAGAGUACGCUGAGAGGAUCGACAACGCUGACGAGCUGCUGGAGAGCUUCCUCGAGGGCUUCCAUGAUGAGAGCACUCAGGUCCAGCUCACUCUGCUGACCGCCAUUGUCAAGCUGUUCCUGAAGAAGCCGUCGGAGACUCAGGAGUUGGUGCAGCAGGUUCUCAGCCUGGCCACUCAGGACUCUGACAACCCUGACCUGCGUGAUAGAGGCUACAUCUACUGGCGUCUGCUGUCCACCGACCCCGUGACUGCCAAGGAGGUGGUGCUGUCAGAGAAGCCCCUGAUCUCAGAGGAGACAGACCUGAUCGAGCCCACCCUACUGGACGAGCUCAUCUGCCAUAUCGGCUCCCUGGCCUCCGUCUAUCACAAACCUCCCAGCGCUUUCGUCGAGGGCAGCCACGGAAUCCACCGGAAGCACCUUCCUGUGCAGCACAGCAGCAUCGAUACUGGGGAGAGCCCAGUGAGCGGCGGGCCAGCAGCUGCCAUCGAUCAGCCACACGUGAUCCCCAGCCAGGGUGACCUGCUGGGUGACCUGCUGAACCUGGACCUGGGCCCACCAGUCAAUGUGCCCCAGGUCUCCUCCAUGCAAAUGGGUGCAGUUGACCUUCUGGGAGGGGGCCUGGACAGCUUGCUGGGGGGAGACCUGGGCGGAGGUGUUGGGGGAAGUCCAGCAGUGGGACAGAACUUCAUCCCCUCAUCUGUCCCCAGUACUUUUGCUCCUUCACCCACACCUGCUCCUCCGGCAGUCAGCAGCGGCCUCAACGACCUGUUUGAGCUCUCCACAGGCAUGGCCAUCACCGGUGGAGGCUUCAUCACCCCGAAGGCAGUGUGGCUGCCUGCAGUUAAAGCCAAAGGACUGGAGAUUUCCGGAACCUUCUCUCGCCGCCAAGGCCACAUGUACAUGGACAUGACCUUCACCAACAAGGCCCUGCAGCACAUGACCGACUUCGCUGUCCAGUUCAACAAGAACAGUUUUGGUAUGAUUCCUACCAGUCCUCUGCCCAUUCACACUCCACUGAUGCCCAGCCAGACGAUCGACGUCUCUUUGCCGAUCAACACCAUUGGGCCAGUCAUGAAGAUGGACCCACUUAAUAAUCUGCAGGUGGCUGUAAAGAACAGUAUCGAUGUCUUCUACUUCAGCGUACUCAUCCCUCUCAAUAUAUUCUUUGUUGAGGAUGGAAAAAUGGAGCGACAGGUGUUCCUGGCUACCUGGAAAGACAUUCCCAAUGAGAAUGAGCUUCAGUACCAGAUAAAGGAUUGUCACCUAAACGCAGACACAGUAUCAGGGAAGCUGCAGAAUAACAACAUCUACACCAUCGCCAAGAGAAACGUAGAAGGCCAGGACAUGCUCUACCAGUCACUCAAGCUGACCAAUGGCAUCUGGAUCUUGGCUGAACUCCGCAUUCAACCUGGCAACCCUAACUACACGCUGUCUCUGAAGUGUCGGGCCCCUGAGGUUUCUCAGUACGUCUACCAGACGUACGACUCCGUGCUGAAGAACUUACCUGCUGUUUAACUCGACAUCUCUGCUUCUUCCUGACGUCUAAUAGCAGUGUUUUAUUGUUUUCAGCCACCUGCAGCCAACUACUAAAACAAAGGAAUCCAAACAGUAAAGCUAGAUAUAUAUAUAAAAAAAGAAAGAUGAAAAUGUAGGGGCCAUUUUUCGUCUGAUCAUCUAUCUUGUUGAAGUUUCCUUUCUUUUGGCAGUUUAACGCGUUAAUGAAUCCCUUUAUUCAACUUCCAUUUCAAUUUUACCUUCCGGUGAAACGACCAUUCCAUCCUUAACUUGGUGUCUUAAUGUUGUAAAGAUGUGAUGACGUGGAAUAAGUCACAGUUUCCAUGAAGCCAUUGUGUCCUUUGUACUGUGUGCUGCUCUCUCUCUUCGCUUGGCUUUGAUUUAUUUCUUUUUUUUUUUUUAACUCCCUUUCCUUUAGCUGACCAAACCGAAUAAUAACACAAGUAUCGAUUCAUUCCUUUUGUUGUAACUGGGCGUGACGUUUCAAAACCGUCAGUCGAUGUUCAGAAGAAGUGUGUCCUGAGCUUAUCAUUUCCAUUAGGCACCCUUCGUUGACAAACAUACACAGACAUUCCUGCCUUUAACCAGGCUCCUUCUAUUUCAUAGGAUUGCAUACAGAAAUGUUGUUUUUCUCAAGUAUAAAACACAGUAAAGCAGUUUAAAAACAAGCAGGAAAUAAAGAGAGGAGGUAAUAGAAGUUAGAGCACUAGAACAUUUAAUGUAACUCCUCAAACUUGGCAAGUCACUGCUGUUUCCCCACCUGUGAAUUAGUAUCUACACUGCAGGUAAAAGAACAAAGACGCAGCUCUUUGUUGCGUCACAGUUUUCUGUCAUGUGUUUUGAAGGGUCAAAUAAAAAAGAAAAGUACAGAAAAACAAAAUAUUCAGUGGAGAAUCUUAAUUCCUAACCCGGACAAUUAGUCGGCCCUGAGGAUGGAUUUGAUGGUAAAAUACACACAUUAUACUGCUCAUCUCAUGUAGUUGAGUUAUGUAGAAGUACAAAGAGUAGACGGACAGGAAAAGCUGGAGAGGUUGCCCUUACUUUAAUCUUGAACGUUUGAAUUACCGUGAAACCACUAUUCAUACUACAGCAGCUUCAUUUGUUCACACACCAGUGCCACUCCUUUUAAAUGAAUUGCACACUUCACAAAUGAUUCUACUCCUCUCACAGAUCAGUUCUGUAAAACAAACAUCCAAGUACACCGCUUUACACAUCCUACAUUGUCAUUCCUAUUUAUUUCGCAUCUACCUCUUGUGUGUUUCCUUUGACCCGGCUUUAAGUCUGUAAUGUGAUUUAAAUGUUUUCACCUCUUCUUCUUAAUGCCACUGUAUUUUUUUUCUUAUUUUCAUUCCAUCUUUUUCAACCUGUGGCCAGUCAGCCAACCAGUAUCAGGACCAAGCACACAUGCAAAUGAAAUGCCAAGCGUAUCUUGUAGUGCCCCAUGUGUCAGUAUAACCUCUAAUGUUGGCGUUGUUUUGUUCUCUAGGACAAUAGAGUGUCUCCGCCCUAAGGCCCAGAGUUGCUUAAGUACAGUACAGAGAAGUGAUCGUGUCAUUUGUGUAGCUAAUUCAAAUGUUUUGGUAUUCUCUUGAGAAUGAAAUGCCUUGUCUCUAUCUAUUCAACAGAGAAGGCUUAUCAAUGUAUCAUAAGGUGUGUUGGUGACACUAUUUUCCUAUGUGAAGUAUGAAAAAAAAAACAACGUAUGUGUGCUUGCAUGAGCCCUCUGUUCAUUUUAACCCUUCAUUUAUAAUCUAACUGCCCAACUUUAUGUUCUAUCGUAGAUGACAUACGGUUUUAGAGAAGCGUUUUUUUUUUUCAAGCACUCCCACAAAUGGAAUUAUAUCCAAAUCUGUUGGCAGCAAUACAGAACGAAUGGAGACGGCUGUAAUAGCAUUAAGUGAAAUUUGGAUAUGUUAAGCAUCAUUGCUGUAACCCUGUUGUUAAUGAUUUAUCAUUGUCACAGUACCACAUCUUGUGUCAAUAAAAUGUCAAAUAUAA